UACACUACUAACUAAAAUAUCAACGUCGAAGAAGGAACAGAAGCGUGUGCAGGGGCCGCUGUCUUCGUGUGCGCGACAAAAAUGAGUGGAGCAGUCAAGAAGGCAGCAGGGUCGUCUGGUAUCUUGGAGUGGGCGGCUUCUACGUAUCGGUUCGCCAUGGACAGGAAUGAUUUUAGAAGGAACCUCCUGGUGAAUCUGGGCCUCUUUGCUGCAGGUGUCUGGGUUGCUAGGAAUUUAUCAGACUUUGAUCUAAUGUCUCCCCAAUCUGUCUCCUAAAGAAAGCUUCUUCAAUUAUCCUGAUGAGGUGUCCGUGACCAAAACGCUGUAGAAUCCUGGCUUGGAUCUCCUUGGUGGCUCUGACAUGCUGAGAUAGUUCAUCUGCAAUAAAUGACAACAUUUGUGGAAACUUA